GGCAGAUAAUCGGGAAUUAGAUAGGUUCUAAGAAAUGCUUGUCUUUUGUCCUUAAAUUUGAACAUAUCUAUUAUCAAUCACUAUGAGUUAUGCUAAAUUAUGGAGAGUUUAUGAAUUUAAGUAACAAAAGCAGGCUUCCGGAGAUACUAAAACUACAAGCUAAGCCUCUACCAGCAAUCCAAUCCAAGAUUCUGAUUGAGAAGAAUCGAUGAUGUUAACUCCCUUAUACGUACACUCCAGCGCAGCUUUUUUUGUGCUUUCCUUGUUGAAAGUUAUUUUCCCGAGAAAAUUUCUUUAUCUAAAUGGGCCGGCCUGUCCAAUCUAGUUUUAUACUGUACCGACCCAUUUAUGCAUUCUCCAGGGUCAUAAUAGUCAUUGCUCGUCAACUGCACCAGAUAACUCCUUGCUGUGUUUUCUCGAUUUCUCACUGAAGUUUAAUUAGUUUGGUAACUCGAUUAUCGCCGAAUUCGAAGUCAAAGAUGGGGAGAAUGUCGACAUACUUCGGAAUGACACUUGCGGUCUUCGUCUUCUGGUCGUCCAUGGACAGAUUCCAUGUAUGGUACGCCCUCUAUCAGGACGAAAAGCAAGAGAGGCUGGAAAAAGAAGCGGAGAGCAGGAGAGUGAGAGAAGAAGUGCUUAAUAAAAACAAACACAAGGAUGCUCUGUAAUUCCGUUUGUAUCGUUCCUCAUUUUGUUUCAAUUAAUGAGUUUUCGCAUAAGCACCAUGUGUAUUGUAAGUUCAUGCCAUAAUUUUUAUCAACACUGAUGAAAUUUUUGUUUAAUUGCUUUUUAUUUUCCCAAUGGGUUUACAAUUACAUUCUUAUCUCAGUGAAUCGGAAAACACUUCUAUGUGAAUUUUGUAGAA